AUGGUACUUCUAACCGAUAUUAUCAGUCUGCAACAAUGUUUUAACAAUAUAUCCACUGGCAUACCAUCAUUAGAUCAAAUCUUCAUACAAAAUAUUCUGGGGAUUAAAAACAAAAUAUAUGAUUUCCAAUCAGCAUCAACUUGUAAUGCAAUGUAUAUUGUCAUUGGCUCAUUGAUUAUAUCCCAUUUGAAGAACAAUCAACCCGUUGUGAUUAUUAAUACUUUGAAUAAGUUCCCCUUGCAUUUUCUUACCUCACAUCCUGAAUUUGAAUCAAAAUGGGUGAAUGAGAAGCUUCUUGUUAUGUAUACUUGUGAUACAUUUGCCAAAUUAUAUUCAUGCUUUCUUUUCAAUCAUAAGACUAAUAUCAUUCAUAACAAUUCCAUAAUCAUCAUAAACGACUUUCAUGAAUUAAUAGAAUUAUAUAAACUAGAACUAUCCUCCGCCCAUGAAGAACUAAUCCUAAAACAUCAUAUCGACAUGAAUUCCACCCUCCUCCUAAAUAACACCACCACCACCACCACUAAAGAACCACUUCCAGAACUCCCACCCACAUCAGACCUUCUCAAAACCAGCCCCAUUGCUAAAUUCCACACCCAUCUCGAAUCAUUAUUUAACACACUCUUUCAAAUCUGUAUAUCCCAUAAUCUGAUGCUAUUCAUCCUUGGCCAUCUCGACACGAAAUAUCAAACAUAUAGAAUGAAAUCACAACCACAAAUGAAUUCCUCUCAAUUGUCAUAUGCCGAUAGGGGAAGAGUCGUACUUGCACCCCAUGUCUAUGAGAAAUUGUCUACAGUUUCCCGAAUCCUGUUUUGGCAUGAUUGGUAUCACCACACCCCUCACUUCCGGGAGAAUUUCCCGGCGGUAAGACAGGGACAUAAAGUGAGUAUUAAUGAGGGACAGCUUCGGCUUGUGUUUGGUGUUAGGGUUGAGCUGCAUGGUGGACGUGGAUAUGGGCCGGUUUAUUUUGAUGUGGAUGGAGAGUUUUAUCAUGAUGAUGAUGAUGAUAAGUAUGAGCAGAGGAAUGAGAAAUAUAGGUUGAUUGACUUGUCAAGAGUGAAUAAUAAUUACAGGAGAGAAGAAUUACUGACUAUUCCUUCAUCUCCUAUUAUGCAUGAAUCAACUGUUAUUGAUGUAAGUGUUACUGACGAAUCUUUCCAGAUUUGA